AUGAAUCCAAUAACAAAUAUUCGCAAUCAAAAUGCGAUCAACAAGCGAGAAAUCGAUAUGGGUAUCGCUGGUGGAAGCGGUAAAUCGUGGCACGAUAAAUACUCUGAUUCUGCUUGGGUCUAUAUUGGUGGACUGCCAUACGAUCUCAAUGAAGGAGACAUUAUCACCGUAUUCUCGCAAUAUGGUGAGAUCGUGAAUGUGAAUCUGAUUCGUGAUCGAAAAACGGGUAAAUCAAAGGGAUUCGCAUUUGUUUGUUAUCAGGAUCAGCGAUCUACAAUUCUUGCAGUUGAUAAUUUGAAUGGAAUUAAGUUGUUGAAGCGAAUGAUACGCGUUGAUCAUGUUGCUGAGUAUAAAGUACCGAAAUACAAAGAAGACAUUGAUGAGGAAACAAUACGUUUAUGGCAAGAAGGUUGCGCACCAAAACCGAUCAAUAGACAGCAACAAGAGCAAGACAAUGAAGAUGAGGUGAUAAUACCAAAACGACGGAGUAAACUGAAUAAGGAUGGAGUGUUGGAAUUGAGUGAUGAUGUAGCGAAAAAAAUGAAAGAGGAAGAGAAACGACUGAAGAAGGAAAAGAAAAGGGCGAAGAAGGAGAAGAAAAAACGCGAAAAGUUGGAAAGUAUUGAGAAUAGUGAUGCUGCAGUAAAGACUGAAGAUCUGUGUGAUACAACGUCUUGGAAGAAUCAAAAAAGACCCAUCGAGUCGACCUCAACCAAUGAUGAAGAUUUUUAUGGAUCAAAUGAACAUUUCAAAUUCGGAAAGCCAAGAAAAGAAAUACCAGCUGCACCAACACACAAUUUGAGACCUGAUUUCGAGAAAGCUGAUUGGCGAGAUAUUGAAAUGUGGAAAGCGGUCAGGGAGAAGGAGAAACAGGAGAAGGGUGACACGCAGAGCAAUUGGAAAGAAGAGGAGCAUUAUUUGCCGAAACGAUUCCAUCGAUAG